UAAUUUUAUUCAAUUAUAGCAAAGAUCAAUCUGUCGUAAUCUCACGCCAUCACAUCCCUGUUGCACGUAUAGAUAGGGUAAAGUACCGUUGCGGAGUAUAUAACCCGCAAGCACAUCUCCAACCACAAAAGCAGUGACUGAAAAUAACCAGAAAAAAGCACAUCCAAAUACAGGAACAGGAACAGGAACAGAAACAAACAAACCACCAAAAUGAAAUCCCUAAUCCUCAACGCCUUCGCAAUGCAAAGCCCCUCCCACCUAAACCCCGGCCUAACCCGCUACCCCAAAGACCGCGGCCGCUCCUAUAAAGACCUCUCGCACUGGAUCGAGCUCGCCAAAAAGCUCGAAGCCGCCAAAUUCCACGCCAUCUUCUUUGCAGACGUCCUCGGCCCCUACGACGUCUACAAGGGACCGCAGAACACAGACCCCAUUGUUCCCGCGGGCGCGCAGUUCCCGAUUAAUGAUCCGCUGUAUGCGGUGCCGGCGAUGGCGGCUGCGACAAGCAGUAUUAGUUUUGGGAUUACGGCGUCGACGACGUAUGAGAAUCCGUAUAUGUUGGCGAGGAAAUUUAGUACGGUUGAUCAUUUGAGUGGGGGACGGGUGGGGUGGAAUAUUGUUACGAGUUAUUUGGACUCCGCGGCGAGGAAUUUCGGGCUGAAUACGCAGAUCGAGCAUGAUGAGCGGUAUCGCAUUGCGGAUGAGUAUUUGAAUGUUGCGUAUAAGCUCUGGGAAGGCUCGUGGAGGGAUGAGCCCUACCUCUCUGACCCCGCGGAGGGGUAUGCGGACCCUAAAGCCGUGAGACGCAUCGAUCACAAGGGGAAGUACUUCAACAUCCCCGGUCCGCAUCUGUGUGAGCCGAGUCCGCAGCGGACACCAUUCAUAUUGCAGGCCGGUACUUCGACGGCUGGGAAAGCCUUCGCAGCCACCCACGCGGAAGCUAUUUUCCUCCACGCGCAGACACCCGAGCUCGUCCGGCCAUCAGUCGACAGCAUCCGCUCGCAAGCCGCAGCAGCUGGCCGCAAACCCGAAGACAUCAAGAUCAUUGCAGGUAUACUAGUCAUCGUCGCCGAAACCGACGAAGCCGCGCGCGCCAAGUUCGAGAACCUAGCCUCCUAUGGCGACCGUGAAGGCGCCCUGGGCCUUUUCGGCGGGUGGUCCGGCUACGAUCUGUCGACGUACACGGACGACCAAGACUUCCGCUUUGUUGAGGCCCCCGCCGUCCGAUCCAUGGUGAACCACUGGGCCAGCACAGUGCCAGGCUCCAACGGGAAGAAAUGGGAUAAGCGGACUAUCGCGGAGUAUCUGGUGUUGGGUGGGAACGGGGCGAAGAUUAUCGGGAGUACGAAGACUGUUGCGGAUGAGUUGGCGAGGUGGGUUGAGGUGGGUGAUGUGGAUGGGUUUAAUUUUAGUUAUGCGAGUGUGCCGGAGACGUUUGAGGAUAUUAUUGAGUUUUUGGUGCCGGAGUUGAGGAGGCGCGGGAUGUUUUGGGAUGAUUAUAAGGUGCCUGGGGGUACAUUUAGGGAGAAUGUUUAUGGGGAGGAGGGGAGGAAGAGACUUCCCGGGGAGCAUCCAGGGUCGAAGUAUGUGUGGAGGAAGGAUGAGGAGGUUCCUGCAUACGCACUGAAGAAUUGACCUAUAUAUACGUGAUAUGAUACUCAGUAGGGAAAAAAAAAAAAAAAAAAAAA